AUGCGGCCUGACACUCUAUACUACCUAGUGAGAGCAGGCGAGUCGGAGUGGGAGGCCCUAGGGCUGAUUCAAACCAACCCUGUAGACAAGACCAACGUGCAGAGCGGCUACUACUACUUAGUAAGAGCAGGCGAGUCAGAGUGGGAAGCGCUGGGGCUGAUUCACACUAACCCCGUAGACAAGACCAACGUGCAGAGCGGUCUGUCUGGGGAGGGGAAGAAGCAGGCGGUGGAAGCUGCCAGGAAGCUGCGCAAGAUGGACGCCUGUGGGGGAGGGUGCUGGAUCUGGCCGUCCAUUUCCCAGCGGGCAUAUCAGACGGCUGAGGUCGUUGCUUACGUCAACGGCGCCGAUUACAGCCGCAUCGUGCCGGAGUACAGCUUCCUGGACGCCAGAGGGCUGGGGGCGUUUGAGGGACAGCCGCUUGAGACGAUGAGCGAGAUCUACCUAGAAGACUCUGUGUCCUCCAGGUGGCGUCCGCCUCCCUUCACUGACGGAACCCCCCAUGAGAGCGUGGCGGACGUGCUCGUGCGAGUGACGCAGCUCAUGUCGAUUCUUGAAACGCAGUACUCCAGAGAGGCAGUGGUGAUCGUUUCACCAGACUCUGACUGCCUCUCCGUGCUGCAGUCUGCUCUGAUAGGGAAAGAUCUCAGAAGUCACAGCGGCAGGUAG